GCGUAAUGUUGGGACGCGGCCGCUGUCGCACGCUAAAGACGUCACAUUUGUAGUCGCAGCAGGGGCAGCACAUGAGGAUAUCAACAGUAGUUUUCUUCCAAGGUGAACAUGGCAAAGAACAAACAAAAGGGGAAAAAGCAGAAGAACGUCUUUCAAGUGGCGAACAAGCAAACAAAGCUCAAGAAUAAAGCCAAACCUGUCACGACGACGCUCAAGCACAUCAACGCGGUGAAAAAUGAGAAGGUGGAGAACCUCAAUCAGAUCUUCACACAAGUCCAGAGGGACGUGACGAGUGUUUCCAAAUCUGUCGCCCCUGAACCCAAGAAACAAACACAGAUUGCCAGAGAGCCACCAAGGGAAGCUGUAAAUGUGGACAACGCUUCACAGCUCUUCUCUCAGCUAUAAUGGACCGGCUAUGUAUCUUUACAUUGGAAAUCAUAAAUAAUGGAAAUCGUGAAGGAACUGCUGCUUUACUCCCCGUGAGCAGCAUGUGGACAUUUUAUGCCAACAUGAGGAGCACAGUUGGUCCGUCACUGCAUUAUAGUUAAAUAAUUUCAAUCCACUAUAUUCAAAGAAAUGUGUCGACAGUAUAAUGUGCUGACAGUUGUGAUAUUGUGUGAGGAUGAUAUCAGAUAUUUUUUUUUAAAUUAAAGAAUAAUAAUACGUUUUUUUUGAACUCUGAUGUGUAAAAUACUUUUGAUUUCUGUAUUAAAUGUCUGAUUAUCACA